AUGAUUCUGAUUUCGAUUUCGAUUCCGAUUAUCUUCAUUUUUUAUUUCAUUUUGAUUAUCCUUCAACUCAAUUUGUUGCUGUCAUUAUCGAGUAUUAUCACAUCAUGGAUUUCGUUUGGUGGAUAUGAGAGUCGCUGUAAUUGUAGCAAACGGUGGGUGUCGGAGGGGAAGAUAGAAGCAGAAAACAAUGGCGUCUCGUCCCUUCGAUGGUGAUUGCUACAUUGGCUAUGAUCCACGCCUUCCGUCUGAGCGAUUCGACUCGUUCUUCAACUUCGACGCUGGCUCAGUCAAGGACUCGGUCUGUGACUCGCUACCAGUAUUCAGCAGUCAAUCAUAUAUAGCUCUGGAGAUGACAUGUUCAAAUCUCAGCUGCUUCUUGAGACCAUGUCGCCGCCACCAAUUGGUGGCAGUGGUGGUGGAUUCUCGGAAUUCUCAGUUGAGGAGAACAGAAACGGUUUCGACGGCGAUGUUUUGGUAACCAAAAAGUAGUGAAAAGCGAAAAAAAAAAGUUAAAAAAAAAGAGAAAAAGAAAAGAAAACCUUUUCC